UGUGUUUGGGAAGAUUUAUCAGUGAUGACAGUAAUCAUUAGUUGCAGCUUUUAUCAGUGUCAGUGAUGCACGCUUUCUCUGUCUUCUCAUUUUUCUGCAGGAAACAAGCCAAAACAGAGGUGCAUUUCAGCCUGAAUGAGGAGCUGACUGCUCUGGCCGCUACAGGGGAGAAGGAUGCAUCGCUGCAGGUCCCGAGGGAUCAUCCCUUCACAAUGCACUCAGUGGGUGGACAGACCAUGGCUGUCUUCAGCCAGAGCGACACAGAUGAGAUCAGUCUGGAGGGGAUGGUGGUGCACAGAGCUGAAUGCAGACCAGUCGUCACCGACAACUACAUGAAGCUGAAGAAGUUACAGAUUAAAGAGUCCGUCAAGCCUCAGCGUUUGUCACAGCAGCUGGAGAGAGCCGUCACCACUGUCUUUAAGCCUGUGGCCAACCACGAUUUCAAUGUGGAAUAUGUGAAGAAAAAGAAGUCCGAGGGGAAGAUGGUGAGGGCUGAGCGGCAGGUCGUGUUGGACAUGCUCUUCUCGGCCUUUGAGAAGCACCAGUAUUACAACAUCAAGGACCUGGUUGACAUCACCAAACAACCUGUGACCUACCUUAAAGAAAUAAUGCGAGAAAUUGGGACAUACAACAGCAAGGGAGUUCACAAAAGCACCUGGGAACUGAAGCCGGAGUACCGACACUACCAUUCUGCUGAGGAAGAGGAGGAGAUGCAGACCUCGUGAAGUGAGAAACGGGUGAACUUUUGAGAAAUAAACAUAGCAAAGAAUUCAGGUUUUGCAUUAUGUAAUCUUUAAGUUGACUUAAUUGGGUGUAGAAGUCUGCUGUGCAUGAGCCAACAUAGAACUUUCACAUAAACAUGUAAAAUUUUUUUUCUAGCUAGCUAGUUGAUUUCAUUGAAUAUCUGAUGAUUUGACUGAAAAUCUGGUGCUCUCUUGCACAAGGCUUUGUGUUAGCCUUGCUAGCAACAGUCACGUUUCAGUCAGGUGUUUUUUCACAGUUUAUAUCUCUAGGAAGCAAAGCACUUCAACAGUUGACCGUAUGGAUAUAGAUGCUGGAGUUGUUGGUUAUCAGAUUAUUUAGUUUUGCUUGUUUAACCAGUAAAUGUAAAGUAUAAAUAUA